UUGAAAUUAGGGCGAGAGAUGCCACUGGCAAGGCGCCCCGCGAGCCGCAUUCGGGUAAUAGCGCACGUUGAUCUCGAUUGCUUCUACGUCCAAGUGGAGCAGCGAAGGCAGCCCCAGUUGCGGGGGAAGCCCACGGCCGUGAUUCAGUACAAUUCUUGGAAGGGUGGAGCUUGCAUCGCUGUUGGCUACGAAGCUCGCAAAUGCGGUGUCAAACGCUCAAUGCGAGGUGAUGCUGCAAAGGCAGUGUGCCCGGAUCUCAAUCUGGUUCAAGUGCCUGUUCUGCACGAAAAGGCUGAUCUUUCAAUCUAUCGAGACGCUGGCUCCGAAGUGGUUGCAGUGCUUUCGCGCGUUGGAAAAUGCGAGAGAGCCUCCAUUGACGAAGUGUACCUUGACGUUACCGAGGCUGCCGAGAGGCUUUCUUCAAAGGAUUUGUCGACGCUCGUGAGCGAGGAAGCAUCGACGUCCCAUAUUGUUGGACUUCCCCAGAAGCUCGGCACGAAAGAAUGGUUCUGUAGGCCGGAUGCAAGCCGCGAAGAUCAUUUGCUAGCGUGUGGCGCAAUUAUCAUUGCGGACAUUCGUUUGGCAGUUCUAGCUGAAACUGAAUUCACUUGUUCAGCCGGCGUAGCUCACAACAAAAUGCUUGCGAAGCUCUCGAGUGGAAUGCACAAGCCUGCUCAACAAACGUUAGUCCCGUCAUCAGCGGUUGAAUCCUUACUCGCAACCUUGCCUAUAAGUAAAAUCGGAAAACUAGGAGGCAAGCUUGGACAAGAACUUGAAGGGGAGCUUGGAGUAAAAACGGUUGGGGAUCUCUUGCAGUUUUCCGAAUUGAAAUUGCAGGAUAUGUAUGGCCCAAACACUGGGACUUGGCUGUGGAAUACUGCUCGCGGCAUAAACGGGGACGAGGUUCAAGAUCGAACGCUUCCAAAAAGUCACAGCAGCGGUAAAACGUUUCCAGGUCCUCGGGCGUUGAAAACACUUGAGACUGUUGUAUAUUGGCUUAAGGAGCUAGCAGAAACUCUUCAACUUCGUUUGGACGAAGAUCUUUCACAAAACAAUCGCACCGCGCAUCUUCUCACAAUUCAUGCGAGCUGUCACAUUUUUCAGGAAGGUCGAGCCACGGAGGCUCCAAAGUUCUCCUCAAAGUCCCGGCCUUUAAGAUAUGGCGUAGACAAGAUCGUAGAGGACAGCCGAUACCUCUUCGAGCGAAGCUUGCACGAGUUUUGCUCUCACCAGUCAGCUGGAAAGGAGCAAAGCGAGAUAACCAGCAGCUGGGCAGUGACAGGACUUUCUCUUACUGCAUCAAAUAUCAUGGCGAAGCCGAUGGGAGUAAACCCAAUCACUCAGUACUUUGGCACGCGGCCUCCAGUAACAGGAGACGCUGGAAACGCCAGUGAGCAGCAACAACAGUGCCCAUCGAUCUCCAAGGAGGUACGUCUUGAGGAAGACAGGGCUGGCCCUAGUGUUACCACAGACGGCUCCAUUCCGGAAUCCAUCUCACCACCGCCGUCAAGAAAACCAGCGAAGCUCACAGAUCUCUGGCAGAGAAAAGCAUCACUCCAACCGGAGAGGAAGGAAGAAACUGUGGCUUGGGAGUAUAAGCAGGAAGAGAUCGAUCACAGCGUGUUUGCAGAGCUUCCCUCUGAAAUCCAGCAAGAAUUACAGGGUAGACUGGGUGUCCAAAGAAACAAGCGAGGAAAGCCGACAACAAUAGCGGAUUUUUUCAUCUCGAAAACGUGAUACGGUGCCAGUCAACGCGCCUGGUCAAUUUAGUCAACGAGCACACUGCUAGGGUCAAUGUGAUCGCGUGGCACCCAGCAUGGCGGGCAGCGUGUAUAGAGUUUAAACUCUUCCCGCCAAAUUGUUUUCUAGGGUU